UUUUAGGAUGGUGUCCACACUCGAGAAUAAUGUUAAAUUUGACACACAAAAGAGUGUGGUUAAGGAGUUGAUGGAACAGUGGACUAAUAGUUGUAGAAAGGUUUUCCUGGAAAAACUACUGUCAAAAUGUGGUGGAAGUCAGCUUGAGUUUCUAUUUAGUGUGACGGAGCCGUUGCACCACAGAGGCUUUAUUUACUCAGCACAACACCACCUCAAAGAGUGUCCGCCAAUUUCCACUCCUUCUAGUAGACAUGAAGCUCUACUGUUCGCUCUAGAGAAUGUGUCUGAAAAGUUUUACAGACCAAAGAGUGCUGUUUUAAAAUCACAGGAUGAUAUUGAUAAGUUGAUCAAAGAGAAUUCGUCAGUUUAUAGCGUUCUGAGCGGAGGUUUAUUCAAAACUAAUAAAAGUAAAAAAACUGUCUCGUCCAAGAAAUUGCAGAAGGAGUUAUCCAGCGUACUGACAUGGUACGAGAGUCAGUGGAGUGACUCUGAGAAAUUAGACAUACUUUAUGUGAUAUUAUGCGGUCUCUCUGUCACGAAUUGUACCAUGCUACUCUUAUUCUCAACUUAAGAAGAUACCGAGAUUUUGUAACGAAGCUGCCGCUGGAUCUGAGUCUCACUAUUCUCUCUUAUCUUACUCCUAAAGACAUUGUAAACGCUAGCGAGGUGUGUAAGGACUGGCACGAGAUCUGCACUUCAAAUCUGACGUGGAAUAUUAAGUGUGCACAACACGCUGUCCCUCCCCAUAACCCUGAGGGUUUGGGGCAGCAGGAGCUGUUUAAAAACAACGUACUAUUGAAAGAGAACUGGAGGAAUGGCCGGUGUAGAGUUAACUGUUUCUCCGGAUCACAACACAAGAUGGUUAGUGUAGCAUACGAUAUGAAAACAGGUAAAAUAGCAACUGGAAUGAUAAACGGAGAGAUAAAGAUUUGGAACCUUGCCAAGUCAGGAGGAGCUCUCAUCGCAACCCUCGUGUCUCACUCAAAGAGUGUGUGGGGAGUGGAGUGGUUUAAAGGGAACUGUCUUAUCUCCUGCAGUUCGGACGGGACUAUAAAGAUAUGGAACGUCAAGAAGGGACUGUGUCAGAAGAGUAUUGAAGCUCACGAGGGGAAGAUAUGGGCUAUAAAGUGUGACAGUGACGUCAUCUUCAGUGGUAGUGAUGAUAAACUGAUAAAAUGCUGGGAUAUAAAGAGAUGUGAGGUAGUGCAGACCUACCUCGGCCACAACGGUUCCGUCUUCUGUUUGGACCUGAACGGCUCAGAUCAGCUCCUGUCAGGCUCUGCAGACAAGACAGUCCGUGUAUGGAACAGGGUAUCUGGAGAAUGCUUGCGGAGUAUCUGGGUAACACAUACCAACCCAGGCUGGGUUAUGGGGAUGUCUGUGUCUCAGGGUCACGUGGCUUGUUGUCAUAACGACAAAGUUACAAUAUAUCACAUCAAUACUGGGGUACUCGUCAAAACCGUCCAGUCACAUUCAGACACGAUAGAGUCGGUGCAGAUGGACAUGGGGAAUGGUUCCCACAACUUACACACCGGCACUACUCUCGUCACCUCCUCAAAAGAUAAGACUAUUCACUACUGGGAACUGGACAGAGACGUGCUGCACAAACUAGAAGGGCACAAGGACACUGUAUACGAUGUAAUCUGUACUCCUACACGUAUAGUCAGUGUUAGCGCUGACUGCUCUCUAAAGAUCUGGAAGUUUGCAGCCCCCAACAACCCCUCAAUCAGAAGGAAGGCGCUUAUCUCCGGUGGGUUAGGACAGUUGUUCCUGUACGAAUACCACUACGACGAGAAUGUGCAGUACGAGAGCGAAGAGACGCAACUGUACAAGAAACAUUUGUCCAGAAAACUGCGUCAGCGAACUAAAAUAAGUGGCAGCUCAAACGGAUCCAGAGACCUCCUCAGCUCGCUGAGUGACAUGACUAUGAGUUCAGCUUCUACAAUCACUCCUGUAGAAAUAGCUUCACACUGAUCUAAACACUUCUACAAUCACUCCUGUAGAAAUAGCUUCACACUGAUCUAAACACUUCUACAAUCACUCCUGUAGAAAUAGCUUCACACUGAUCUAAACACUUCUACAAUCACUCCUGUAGAAAUAGCUUCACACUGAUCUAAACACUUCUACAAUCACUCCUGUAGAAAUAGCUUCCCACUGAUCUAAACACUUCUACAAUCACUCCUGUAGAAAUAGCUUCCCACUGAUCUAAACACUUCUACAAUCACUCCUGUAGAAAUAGCUUCACACUGAUCUAAACACUUCUACAAUCACUCCUGUAGAAAUAGCUUCACACUGAUCUAAACUUCUAAACACUUCUACAAUCACUGCAGAUUUAGAGAUAACAAGUUUUAGAGGAGCUUGAAAACUACACCUUCAGAUACUGCUGCUCUAUAAUAUUACGCUAUAUGAGAUAUAUUUGAGGUGUAAUUGUAAAUAAUGAAUUUUGGAGAUCUACGUCACUGAUAAAUUAACUCAAAAUAUUAUUCAAAUUAUGAUUGAAGUUACUUUUAAGAACGAAUGCAAUAGC